CAUCAUGGAAGGUUGCAAAAUGUUUCCACCAAAGCCAUGGAAGAAAGGGCCAACAAGGGGCAAAGGUGGCCCUCAAAACUCCUCAUGUGAGUAUAGAGGUGUUAGGCAAAGAACAUGGGGCAAAUGGGUGGCUGAGAUAAGAGAGCCAAAGAAGAGAACAAGGCUCUGGCUUGGCUCUUUUGCCACAGCAGAAGAAGCUGCCUUGGCCUAUGAUGAGGCUGCAAGGAGACUCUAUGGCCCUGAUGCUUACCUUAACCUCCCCCACAUGAUGAUGCAACCAACUAUCUUCACAAAUUCCACCGCCACCAAAUCUCACAAGUACUUCAAGUGGUUCCCUUCCAAGAACUUCAUUUCAAUGUUUCCCUCAAGAGGUGGAUUGCUCAACCUCAAUGCUCAACCUAGUGUCCAUGUCAUCCAUCAGAAGCUGCAAGAGCUUAAGCAAAAUGGGGUGGUUGCAACAAGUCAAACUCAAUCAUCACCACAUACUAGUUCAUUGUCCACUCAUCCAAAGGUGGUGGACCUUGAGAACUUUGACAUCCAAAACCAUGCAGAAAUUCUUCCUCCACUGCAAGAGGGUAAUUCUCGAGUUUCAUCACAGAAAACUAUUGUUGGUGAUUUUGAGGAGAAGCCUCAGAUUGACCUACUUGAGUUUCUUCAGCAGAUGGGAAUACUAAAGGAAGAAAGAGAGGAAGAGAAAACUAAUAGCUCAGGAAGUUCAACAACAGUGUCUGAAGCUGCAUCAAGAGAUGAGAGCAGUGAACAAGCAGGAGUGUUUUCUGACAUGAGUAGUGUUAACUGGGAGGAAUUGAUUGAGAUGCAUGAGCAUGACCAUGGAGUUGCAGAUAGUUUUUAUCGUGCAUCAGAAGAAAUCCAGUUUGAAGCAUAUGACAUAAACGAGGACCUUACUUUCUCCCCUUCCAUUUGGAACUAUUAAGAAAACUAUCUAGCUUUGAUAUGGUUGAAACUAGUUACAAAUUAGGUGCAGAGUAGAUCAAGUCAUCAACCAAUUCUAUCAAUAUAAUCAGAGAGUGCAUGUUGGACCUUUGAUUUACUACUCUAUUAUAGUUUGUUUUAAGCAAAAAAAAAAUUUCUGUUGUUAGGCAGCUAGCAAUGUAUUAGAGGGAAAGUAGCUUAGUAUAAAAAAUAUUUAACGUCUUUCACGCACAUACAGAAUUGAUUAUAAGAUCUCACGCAUGACCAUGCGAAGUGUUAGCGAA